AUGUCUCAGCUGGUGCCGUACCAACUCCUCAACAGCGAACAGGACGACAGUCUUAUGUUCGCCACCAUGUUCGACUACCAGAUUGAGGAUUAUAAUAAGGCAAAGAUACCUAAUGCAUUUGUUCUAGAAACAACUGAUCUUUUAAGAUCUGAUAAACGAGUCUAUCAAUUGCGCAAGCCCAACCGGACUUGUCGGUCGGCAAGCGCGCCGGUAGCGAUGGUAACCUUUGCGAGGCGAAAACUUCAAGUCCGGCUGACU